GAAUUUUAAAAUGCUUAUACUUUUAGUUAAAAAAAGAAAUUAAAACUUGUGCAUAUGUCACUUCUUCUUCCACGUUCAUUUCCUGGUCCCUAAAAGUUCAAAUAUCAUGUAAUAGUUCCAAAAUAACUCAACUAAUACUAAUCUGAAAACGAAAAUUAAUCUUGAUAUACGUAGUAUAUUGUAAGUAUGCGUGAGGAGUUUAAUUGGGGCCUUUUGACAAGGAUGAGUUUGUUUCUUUUUAACCGUUUCUUCCGUUCUUCUGCAAAAGGUCGUCCUUUUUACUCCUUUCUGUUUCACGUACUUGAGCUAGUACGUACCAUAUUUGUAGUUUGUUCUGAGGUGUCUGUAACUUAUUAGACAACAUAGUACAGGCCGAGUCAAAGCUAAGAAAGCAUAAACUUUGUGUUCCUAAAAAGAAAUCUUUAUAGAAAGCGAUGGCUGGCGGCUAUUGAUGUUGUGAUUCCACUUUGGCAGAAGCUGGUGUACUUACUAGCUGAAGAUUUGUGUCCCCUCCAAACAGUAUCUUCUCCCUGAAAGAAGAGGAGGAGAAGGAAAAGAAGCUGAGCAUGGACAUGGAGCUUCAGCAGCAGCAGAAUAUUGAAAUGGAACAGUGCUAUAAUGAGAGUGAUAAUCCCUCCCAUUUUACCCAAGAUUGGGGCUUCUUAUUGCACCACCAAACUCUUCCUGCAACUUCACUGCCUGAAACACCAUACCCACAUCUACAAACAACACCAGAUCUUCUUAGCAUGUUCCCUUUGCCAUCUUCUUUGAUCCCAAACCCACAUUCCAUUCCCCUUUCUAACAACGCCUACCAGGAAUCCUCAGCCUUCUUCACUUCAUUAGGUCUCUUUGGGGACGAUGUAACAUCCCCAGAUUCAACUGUUGUUCAUCGUCAUGACGACCCUUCUGUGUUUACCUCUUUACUUCAGGGAGCCUAUGGCUUUGGUUGCUCAAGUGGUAGUAGCUCUCUGUUUGGUGAAAUGGAUGAUAAAUACCAGGUACUGGAUUAUGGUUCUUUCCACCAAGGUAUGGACGGAAGUGGUUUUGUUCACACAGGCUUUGAGUUUAAUGCUACCAUGGAAGGUUUGGGCAAAAAGAUAGGCAGCGGUAAUAGUAAGGACGCUAAGCAUUUUGCCUUGGAGAAGCAAAGGAGAGUCCAAUUCAAGGACAAGUUCCAAGCGUUAAGGAAGCUGAUUCCUAAUCCCACAAAGAAUGAUAGGGCAUCAAUUGUGGGGGAUGCUAUUGUCUACAUAAAUGACCUCAGGAACAGAGUGGCAAAGCUUGAGGCUGUUAUAGAGCAGAAGAGAAACAUCAGGGAGAAGAUGCAGAGGCAGAUCACAUCAGAUGGCGUAGAUGGGAAGUUAGAGGAUGAUAUGGACCAACCUUACAAUGUCAAUAUCGGAUCAUCUUCAAUGAGAUCCAGUUUCUGGUUCCAGAAACAAUCCAAGAAUGCAGAAGUCGAUGUUCGUGUAAUGGCAGGUGAAGUUACAGUGAAAAUUGUCCAGGAGAAGGGGAGCAACUGCCUCCUCCCAGUUUCAGGUGUUCUUGAUGAGCUGCACCUUGAUCUGCACCAUAUUGCUGGAGGGAUAAUUGGUGAUCACUAUAAAUUCCUGUUCAACUACAAGAUCUUUGAAGGUACUACAUUGUAUGCUAGUUCCAUAGCCAAAAAGCUCAUUGAGGCUGUGGAGAAAUCAGUACACACCCAUUUUGCCUGUAGCUAAUGAAAUGAUGUCCUACAACUUCAGCCUUAUUCCAUGAUUGCAGAUUUUUCUGGAAAAGUAUCAACCUUCAUUUACCAUGGCGGAAAAAGAGAUGAUGCUUUUCUUAUUCUUAUUGCAGGCAUAUCUAAAAGGGUGAAUUUGUAUAAGUGAAUCAAGAGAUCUUUUUAAAUUUAAACUGCAUCACUUUUUAUCAGUACCCUAAAUACUGUUAAUUAUA